GAGAGGAGCGGGGGUGGGUAGCCCAGACCAAAAGAGACUGAGAAGGUGCUGGAGACAGAUCGUAGGCUGGGCUGGCCGACACAGGUGAGGAGACUCGUAGGCUGAAGAGCGAACCGCUGGGGAGGAUUGGACCCAGAGGAAGCGGGUUUGAACGUACAUCUUGGAUAGAGUGGGAUUGCAUCGCUUGGCAGGCGCGACCAGAGAGGGACCGGCGCAGGGAUCCUGAUCAUGAAAGAUUAGGAAGGAGCAGGAGGCCUGUCUCUUGGGGGGCGGUUUCUGUAGGGUCACUAGGUGGGUUUGGGAGCUCAGAUUUACCGCUCACCGGUGGCGUCGCCUUAGUCGGAAAGGCUCGCUGUGGGGUCAGGCUGGGGAACAGCUCAGGCGAACAGCGGGUGGAGGGGAAGGUGUCAAGACAGUUAUUUACUCCGAACUGAAGGAAGAAAAGAAUGGAGGCUGUGUCAGGCCCAGAGCUGCUCUGUGGAGGCCGGAGAGGCAGUCCCAGUUUCUUAAUGGGCGGGGGCGGGGUGUGGGAAAUGACUUUUUCUAUUGUCUCUGAGACAGGUAAUAUUGGGGAAGGGAAGAAAAGGUAUUAUCCCGUGCAGUACACCCAGUCUCCCAAUUCAUUUCCUAAUCCUUAGACUCUCGUUUCAAACUCCCUCGCUUUGCUCUUCAGUUACAGGUUCCGAUCUUUGCGUACUCCAGGAGCUGAUCUCCAGCCCCUGCAUCUGGACCUAUGGAUUCUCCAUCUAGUGUUUCUUCCAAUUCUUCCUGUUCUUCCUCUUUUUCCACCUCCCCAGUGAACAGUGACUUUGGCUUCCCCUCUGAUAGUGAGAGGGAGAACAAGAGGGCUGACGGGCCCAGGCCAGACACUGUUGGGCAGAGGGGAGGCUCUCGGCCCAGCUCAGGUCCUAUCCGCUGCAGGCAUCGAUCCAGGGUUUCCAGUAACCAACAUACGGCAUCUCCCUGGGAACAGCGGGGCUUGGCUUCUCCUAUGGCAGGAUCAGGGGUCAAAAGGCCAAGAAAUGGUGAAUUCGAUACCAGUCUAAACAUCGAAGAUUGUACCACAGAGGGAGACCUGCUGUUUGCUCAGAAGUGUAAAGAGCUCCAAGGAUUUAUACGUCCCCUCACAGACCUACUGAAUGGGCUGAAGAUGGGUCGCUUUGAGAGAGGAUUGAGCAGUUUCCAGCAGAGUGUGGCAAUGGACAGGAUUCAGCGUAUUGUAGGUGUUUUGCAGAAGCCACAGAUGGGGGAGCGCUAUCUAGGAACCCUGCUGCAGGUAGAAGGGAUGUUAAAGACUUGGUUUCCUCAUAUAGCUGCCCAGAAGUCAUCACUUCAUGGUGGCAGGCAUCAGCUGAUGAAGCAUUUUCCAAGCCACCACAGUGAUUCAGCUGCUUCCUGUCCUGCACCUCCCAUGGAAAAGAUAGGCCAGAUACAGCUCAGACAUCUAGUUUUGAAACCAAAGCAGCCUUGGCACAUCACAGAAUGGCCAGCUAUGAACCUCACCUGGAUCCAUACCACUCCAAUUUGCAACCCCCCUCUCAGUUCCCCAGGUACCAUCUCCUUUAGCCAUGGUCCUUUAGGCACUGGAACCAGCAUUGGCGUCAUCCUUUUCCUCCAGCAUGGAGUGCAGCCCUUCAACCACUCUGACUCAACAACUCUAGUUCCACCUACUACAGCAUCUCCUGUCAUCUCUGGUGAUCCUAAGAAACUAUCUGGAGAAGGGCCUCAUUGCCAUAGUUUGCCAGUAACUCUGCCAUCAGACUGGAGCUGUAACCCAUCCCCUCCCAGUCUACCCACCAUGGCCAGAGAGAUGACCAUAGGACACCUAGAGCAGCAGAUGAGGAGCCAUCGUCCUAGUGCUCCUGAUUCCCAUCUUCUCAGCCCCUAAUCCAGGGCAUGUGACUGUCCUCUGUAGUUUCUAAUUUGUGUAAAUACAUGUAUAUGUAUUUUUUACUUUUAAUGUGUGCAUUUGUAUUGAGGGAAGACAAAUCCUUUCUGAUUAAAGACAUAUUUUACUUAAACA